CAGCAUCCUUAGCGGCAGGGGAAGGAAAAUGAAAACGGCCAUGUCGUGGUAGAAUUUGCGGUGAAUGUGGAUCGGGGUGCAACGUACUUACUUAUGUAGCUUUUAAACAGCACGUCUGAAAAUUGGACAUUUAGACUGUCGUUUGAAAGGGAACGUAUUCCGUGCAGAUUAGUGUUUUCGUUAAAUCAGCAGACAAACAUGAGCGGAGGUGGAACGCCGUACAUUGGUAGCAAAAUUAGCCUAAUUUCCAAGGCCGAGAUCCGCUAUGAAGGAAUUUUGUACACUAUUGACACUGAAAACUCGACAGUAGCUCUUGCUAAAGUUCGCUCUUUUGGCACUGAAGACCGUCCCACCGACAGGCCUAUUCCACCUCGGGAGGAAGUGUUUGAGUACAUCAUCUUCAGAGGAAGCGAUAUAAAAGAUCUGACAGUUUGCGAGCCACCCAAAGCCACUAGCAGUCUGCCUCAGGACCCUGCAAUUGUCCAAUCAUCAAUUGGAUCCAGCAAUGCUGCAACGGCACCACCAUUCCAGUCUCCUGGGUCCUAUGCACCAUUCAGCAGGGCCCCUGUUCCAUCAUACAGCCAGUUUGGAGUUACACCCCUCGGGUCCCAGUCAUUUGGACCUACUGCAACAGGAGGACGCUCUAGUCCUCCACGUGAGUCUUUGACAAAAAGUUCCACAGUGGAGCAGGCAGUGCAGGCCCCACCAUCAUCUGCCCCUGGUCUAAUUGCAGUAGUAGGACAGAGGAGUCAGACAGCUCCCAAACCCACCAGCACCUCCACUGGCAGCCAGAAACCUCCAGACCUCCUGGAGCAGAAAAAAGCUCCUGAGGUUCAGAAAGCAUCACAACCAGAUAACGAACAUGGUGCUGUUGAAAACCGGGAUCCCAACAAGCACCAAGUUGCUGGUCCUCAGUCUAACCGCCGUGGUCGUGGAAGAGGAAACCGCAGCAGAGGCAAAGUGAAUAUGCGCCGAGAUGGCACCAUGAAGUUUGAUGAAGACUUUGACUUUGAGACUGCAAAUGCCCAGUUUCACAAAGAUGAAAUUGACAAGGAGCUCCAGAGCAAGCUUAAACUGAAAGAUGACAAACCUGAAAAGGCACUUAACGGAGAGGAAACUGCUGACUCAGAACACCCAGCCAACGAGGGGACCACUGAGGAGGAGGAGGCUGUGAUAAACGCAUGUUACUAUGACAAGUCAAAGUCCUUCUUUGAUAACCUGUCCUGUGAUGGUUCAAGUAAAAUGGGUGAAGGUGGAUAUUCAAAGGAUCGCAGACCAACUUGGGCAGAGGAGAGACGCAUGAACGCAGAGACGUUUGGCAUCCCUCUCAGACACACUCGAGGAAGAGGAGGUUUCCGUGGCCGAGGAUACAUGGGGCCCCGUGGAGGCCGAGGGCGGCCAACCAGCAGAGGUUCCUUCGGGCCACCCCGGGGUGCCCCACCUGGUUUCAGGGGCGGAUUCAGAGGUGGAAGAGGAGACAGAGAUUUCUCUGACUUUGAUUACAGGAAGAAUAACAAGGUGGCUGCAUAGUACUGUCGUCGGGGAUCCACAAAGAAUUGUAGCCGCUCUUCAUGAAAUUAUUUCCGUUGUAGAUUUUUCUUUGUUUGGUUUUUUUUGUUUCGGCAUUUGACAGAAAGAAUGAAGAAGUCGUGUCCGUCACCAGCACCUCAGUGGAUGGUUUGACUUCAGGGGGUGAUGCUCCCACUCCCUCUAUCCACUUUGAGACUGUUUCUUUCUCUAAAAGUUUUGUUAGUUACAAAAUGGACAAGAUCACAUACAAAUAAGAAGCUUUGGAGUAGUUUUGUAGCUUUGCAUCAGUCAGAUUAAUUUCCUACUAAAGUUGUCUGAUAUGUGGAGCUGUACGCCCUCUGAUACUGUGAGCAGAUCACAGUCAUUGUGAUCAAAAGCUUUAUUUGUUUUUGUCUCAUGUUUUGACAUAUUCUUGGCACCAAAAUUGACAGGAUUGCCUGUGAUACCAUUUGUUCUCUUUAGUUUGGUUUCCAUAUGUUCAGUAUUUUUAAUAAGUUGGCAUUAAAAGUUCUGUUUUUAAUUUCACACCUAUUAAUUGUUCAUGAUGUGAGAUCAAAGCCAGCUGAGAGAAACAGAAAUCUGACCUGAAUAUUGUAAAGAUUGAAUGUAUAUCUGGCACAUCUUAUUUCCACUACCCGAUUUUUGCUUACCAAAUAAUCUGACUUCUUUUUAUAAAACAUUUUGUGUUUUGAAUUGCUGGAUCAACCUGUUAAACCCUCAAAGACCCUUGGUUAGUUGUUUGUGCUUUAGUUUAGUAGCUGCUCUUCUGCUGGCUCUGUAUUAAAGAUGAUCUAAUGCAGGCAGCCAAUAGAGGCCAGUUCUUUACUCGGUCUACGUGGUUUACAACAUCAGCUUUACAUUUAUUUGUAGACUGCAGGUUUUAUUUGAGGCUGGAUGUGUUUACGUAGGCUAAUGUGGAUUUAUAUGUUUGUUUUUUGUAUAUUUUAGUUCAAAGGAAACCUAAACAUUCGAAAGAAAUCGCUGUAUUUUGCCAAAAUAUGUUUAGUUGAGAUCACUUAACUGUCAUGUGCUUGUUUGUCAUUUGAGUACCACUCAAAUCUACUUUCUGUCCCAAACGUACUGAGCAAGCUGUUGAAACACUUUUUUUUUUUUUUUUGCAUCUUUUUGAAUGGUCAUUUGACUUCUUUUUCUGUUUUGUCUGUGGUCAGCAUUUCUCACUGCAAACAAAAGCACUUGCAGUGUUGCAAGAGUUGUGUACUGAAAAUGGAAAAUCUUGUAACUGGAUUAAAUGAUGUCUCAAAACAUGUUCAUACAAAUUAUUGCAUUUUGUUAGAACUUGUAACCCACUGGCUUUUUGUAGCUCUUCACAUUGCAUUGUCAGUGUAAUUGUUCUCAAGAGUGAAUUUGUUUUUUUUACUGACUUGUGAACAAAGGGACAAGAACUGGAUGUUGUGCCAGUAGUUUCAAGUGGGUUCAUCGUCAUAAUUUUGGCUUCUAUUUGUUGGUAUUUAAGGGAGUGCCUUGUGAGUGGUUUCAGGUUUUUGUUUGUUUUCUUAAGUUGGUUUCUUCCACAGUAUUUCUACCACUACCAGAUGAAAGUAGUCCUUUUUCUCUAUCUGUGGUUGUUAAGAAGACAGAAGCGCAAAAGUAAAUAUGUCUUGACCAGAUAUUCAUACACAGCUGAUCACGGCAGGAUAGUCCAAGGAGUCAUCACUUUGUAUUGGCUUUUACAAUAGCAAUGUUGAAUUUGAAACUAAAGUAUUCAGACAUUCAAAACUGACAUUUUUCAUAUGUUUGUUACUCCUUCCAGUCACUGGAAAUGUUUUGAGAAUAUCAGCAAAUUGAAGUUUUUACAAGAAAAACUAAUAAAGGGUUGUAAAAUUG